ACUAUUUGGUCACGUGACGUACCGUUAGACGCCAUAUUGGCAGUUUAGUGCGUUGCCAGUGGAUAACGACGUGAUUGCGAUUUUUCUACUGCUAUUUUUAUUAAUGUACCAUUAUUUUCACAUGAAAUUUCUCAGUUUUCAGUCUUACAAAGCCUUCUGGAGCAAAUUUAUUGUACAUCCAUUUGAAUAGCGCGGGUCGGUAAAGGUUUGUUCGGCUAUUUACGAUUAUUCGGAAUCAGCUCGGGAUUCGACGUACAGAUGUUUUGUGUUUCUCUUCUGUGAUAACCCAUGUGUCGUGGCGGGAAUUCAAAUAUUCAAAACUAUUUUACGAUCCAUUAAAUAUAUCCAUAUAUAUUAUGGCAGAAAGGGAAGAAAUGGGAGAAGUUGAUGUCCAUCCAAAAGAAGAAGGUAUACUUUUAAAUGGGGAUAUAACCAAAGAUAGUAAUAUAGAAGUGGAGGAAACUGAUAAAGAAUUAAAAAGCGUUGAUCUAAAGCAAAUAGUAACUAGUGUGGAUGACAAAAAUGAAAGUAGUAAUCUAGAAAAUGCAGAUGUUGCAGAUGACGACAGUCAAGAGAGUCAUGGAAGCGAAGAAAUAAAGAGUAAAGACAGUGAAAACUCUGGUUUUGGUAGUGAAAAAGUUGAAGAAAAUAGUACUAAUACAAAUAGCAGUAUUCCACAAAAUGAUGAGAACAUAGAAAAUAGUAAUUUAAGUAGCCAAAAAAAUGAUGAAGAGAGCAGGAGUAGCAUGUCUGAAAGUAAUAAUCUGAUAACUCAGGAUUCCAUUUCAACUGAAAAUAGCAGAGAUGGUAUUAAAGAACUGCAUGAGGAAGAUGAAGAUGACAAUGAAUCAAGGCAAGAUGGAAGAGAUAGUAAAUGCAGUUCUAAAAAUGAUAUAUCCGAAAAUGGUAUAGAUGAAAGGAUAACCAGUGCUGAAAGUACUGCUCAAGAAAUACAUGACGUUGAUGAGGAAGAUGAUAAAAAUUCAAGAGAAAAAAACGAAGAAACUAUUGAAUUAAAUAGUGAAGAUGAAGGUGAUGUUUUGAUUCUUGAUUCUCCAAAAACAAAUGGCACUACUGAAGUGAUCAAUCUUGUAGAGAGUCCCGAAAAGAAAAAACCAGAAAAAGUUAAGGAAGUCGUGGCCCCAAGACGGAGUUCUAGGAAUCUUAAUAAAAAUAGAAGCUAUGUUGAAAUUGAUAAAGAAGAUACGCCUCCUCCAACAUUAAAUAAGGCUGAAUCUGAAGAGUCAGAUAUUGAGGAAGUGUUGCCACAAGAUCCUUUAGCUGUUUCAGAUCAGGUGACUGUAGAGCGCACAUCAAGCAAAAAAGGUUCUCUUGCGCCCCAGUCAACGAUUGUUGUUAAAGAUACUAAACGGCUAGUGGAGAUAGCAAAUAAAUCAAGUCCAAAUACAAAUACAAAUGGAAAAAAGGAACCAACCUUAGUUAUUAUUGAUACCAAUUCGAUUUUAUCAGGCCAUGGUCCCAUUCCAGUUAAUAAAAACACCCAGUCAGUUUCCUCCUCAGGUUUUACUAAUAUUUUACCUUUGGCCGUUCCAGCACAGAGUUUAUAUCCCCCUAAUAAUAUGAGAGCAACAAUAACUCCAAUACCUGUAAAUUCUACUCACGUAUCUGGGAAAAGUUCUCCAUCUGUUAUGCCAACAGCACCACUCUUGCCUACCUUAACAGACGAUAUGUUUGUUGUCGAGGCACCAUCAUUUAUUGUUCCCUACGUUUAUGAAAAACCUCCUGUAAAAGCAUUAAAGGAUCUUAUCAGUGAUUUAAAAAAACAAAUACAAGAUAACAAAAAAGGAAAAAAAGAGAAGAGCUCUAAUGAAGACCAAAAGGAGUUGGACAUCAAAGCAAAAGAUGAUGAUGAUAAAGCAACUUCUAGUAGUGAAAGUGAAGAAGAAAAAACCGAAGCAGAGGUUAAAAAGUCUUAUUCAUACUUUGAGAGUCCUUUAGGCAAUUUUUUUAUUCAAAUUGGUAUUAAUAUGGUUCAAGAAUAUGUCCAGUCUGAUUUAUUAAAACAGCAGAAACGUAAGCGAGAACGCGAACAAGGCUCUAACCCAGAAACAAAUAAAACCAUUGCUUCUUUAAUGAAAAAUAUUGAAAUGAGCAAGGAAAAUAAUGAACAUUUCAGAAUGGAAGUCAAAAAGUGUGAAUUUUGUAAUUUUAAAUCCGAAUCGAAGUUGGCGAUGGCUUAUCAUUUGGAAACACCCCACAUGAAAAACUUUGUCUAUAAAUGUAAUUUUUGUUCAUAUGAAGUUAGAAGUCCUCAUGAUAUUUUAUUUCAUAUGGAAGCUGAACAUGCCGUGAGAGGUCAUCUGGAACGAGCUCCAGCCUUCCAUCAGUGUCCUUCGUGUCCUUUCGAGGACAAUCAAAAAGGCAAAUUGUCACGUCAUUUAGUAGUAUGCGCGCGCAAAUUUAAACCAGAUAGAAAUCUCGAGCCUCCAGCAGAUUGGGAGCCCCCAGCUAAAAUCCCAAGAAUGCCUAAAAUGAGAGCAACUGGACUAAAUGCAACAGUAGCUGCUUACCAGACUUUAGCUAACAAAGGACAACAAUAUCAGCUCUUGUCUAAGAUGCAAAUACAAGGAACGCAAAAUUCGGCCCUUAAUAGAGGUCGUGGCAGACCCUCAUUAGGUCCAAAUCUGAAAUCUCAACCAGCAAUUAGACCUCAAGGGAUGAUUUUCAAGCAACAAACUGGUGGCUCCGUUUUAGUUCCUACAAGUUACCAGCUAAGUGGAAAUCAAGUCUUUCAAGCUGGUACUGCACAGGGGAAGAAGACAAACAACACUCCUAGUAUUUCAAUUACUCCUUUGCCAAGGGGGACUACAGCUUCUCCUUCUGUGACUUCUAAGCCUGGAGAUACAAACUCUAAGAACUCUUUUGUUAUAUGCGAAAUUUGCGAUGGAUAUAUUAAGGAUUUGGAACAACUUCGUAAUCAUAUGCAAUGGAUACAUAAAAUUAAAAUACAUCCAAAAAUGAUAUACAACCGACCCCCUUUAAAUUGCCAGAAAUGUCAGUUUAGGUUUUUUACUGAUCAGGGUUUGGAAAGACAUCUAUUAGGAUCGCAUGGUUUAGUAACAUCUAGUAUGCAAGAUGCUGCAAAUAAGAGUAAAGAUUCUGGAAGGUGUCCAGUAUGUGGAAGGGUGUAUCAAUGGAAACUAUUAAACCAUGUUGCCAGGGAUCACAAUAUGACGUUAAAACCAGCUCAUUUAUCAUAUAAAUGCACUGUUUGUACUGCUACUUUUGGAAUGUACAAACAAUUUGAAAAUCAUGUUUAUUCAGCUCAUAGUGUAGUUGCUAAACGUGUUAUGGACAAAAAAUCUACCUCAAGUGGAUCACCUUCAGCAGCAAAAAAUGCAGAUAUGAAACCUUUGAAAAUUAACGAUGAAAUUACAAUUAUACCUCAACCUCCAAAAUCCACAAAUGGCUCUACUAAAGAAGACAACAAUACUUCUAAGGUCAAUCCAAGUACUAGCAAAAGUAGAUAAAUUGAGACAAAUAAGAAAAAUUCUCCAGUUAAAUUUUCAGUCUAAAGAUGACAAGUGUUGUCUUGUACAUUCUUUUGUCUUAAUAUUUGUUUCUAUACAGGUGUGUAUGGUGAAGUAAAAGAAACAAGGCCUUGUUGAGAAUUAAGCUUGUAUUUAUCAAAUAUAAUUGUGAAUAUAUAAGUCACUUAUUAGUAAGUUUAGUUUAUAUUUAGUUCUUUACCUUGACACACCCUGUCCUAUAAUUUUAGUUCAUAUAGAUACAUUUUUUUAUCAUUUUUAGCGAAAUUUCGUCAAAUUUAGUAUAUUUCUUCAUAAAAUUGUAUAUAGUUAACAUUAUAAUAUAGAUAAGUUAGAAAAUGCGAGAAACAGUAAGUUGAUAUAAAAGAUAUAAGAGAGAAACUAUAAAUAUUUUAGGUUGUGGAAGUUUUAAAUGUGUUUCUAUUUUUCUAAUUAAAGUUUUGUUACAAUAUUUACUUGUAUGUAUCCGCAUAUUUAUAAUAAUUAGAAGGUCUCAAAAUUAAAAAGCUUUGGCUAUUCAUAGCUAAACAAAUUAAAUGUAAAUUAUCACAAGAAUUGUUAACUGUUAAAUAUCAAAGUCUGAUUAUAACAUUUAAAAAUCUUGAUCUUAAUGGUAUGGUAAUUAAAUAAACUGUCCUCUUGCACAUUUCA